AUGUCACCUUAUCAAUUGGUGUUUGGGAAGUCAUGCCACCUCCCGGUUGAGAUGGAGCACUCAUCGUAUUGGGCGGUGAGGCAAUUGAACAUGGACUUCACUAAGGCCGACAAGGAGAGGAUACUUCACCUUAACUUGCUUGAUGAGUUUAGGAAUGAAGCAUACGCUAAUUCCUCCAUCUACAAGGCGAGGAUGAAAGCUCACCACGACAAGAUGAUCGAGAGGCGUGAGUUCUACCUGAGAGACGCCGUUUUGCUUUUCAACCACAAGUUGAGGUUCUUCCCGGGCAAUCUGAAAUCUAAGUGGUCCGGCCCCUUCACUAUUAAGGAAGUUAUGAGCAAUGGCACGAUAGAGCUCUUUGGACCCGAUGGAAGCACAUUCAAGGCCAAUGGUCAAAACUUGAAGAAAUUUUAUACUAGGGAGCAACAUGACGAAGUCUUUGUUGUUGGCUUGAUCGAGUAG